AAUUUUAGCGACGUUUACUACGACAUUGAUGAUCCCGACGAAACAGUUGAGCCAAACAGUAUUAUGCUGGUCACAAUUGGAAUGCUUGGGUUUCUAUCUAUGUCUGGCAUUUUUGGCAACACCCUAGUGCUUUACGUCUUCACAAAGCAGAAAAUCAAAUUGAGUUCCACUAUAUUUAUCCUCACGCUAGCAGGGACCGAUUUGAUAUCGGCUCUUGUUACAAUGCCUUUCACCAUUUUUAUGGAACUACGUCACUUCCGAAUAGAUAUUGAUGCCUUAUGCAAGCUGUAUCACGGGUUAGCAACAACGUCAAUUCCUUUUUCAGCUUCCGUGAUGGUUGCGAUAGCUGUUGAUCGAUACAUGUGCAUUGUUCAUCCAUACAAGCAAAUGAUGACGAUCAAAAGAGCAAAGAUCACCGUUGUUCUUCUUGCCAUAUUCUCUAUGAGUAUAGGGUUUCCGAGUUCCGUUAUGUAUGGCGUAAAUAAAAUUUAUAAAAGCAACUUAACUGCCAUUUCACAGUCGAUGUUUUAUGACAGUUUAGCAGAGUAUCCCUUCUUAAACAAGAGCAUUCCAGAGCAGAACAAUUUAAGUCAAAAUACAGCAGAUAAUACGAUUCUUACCGUCGUCGUCAACACAGGUCAAUGCCAUAAAAACGAAAUUAUUGUUGACAUGUCAUUUUUUAGUAUAUAUCAGAAACUUUACUCGUCGUAUUUUGCUGUUUGUGCUGUUAUAGUGAUCAUCUUGUAUGUCAUUACCUACAAAUCAGUGCUCACACGACGCCGCAGACGAUUUCAUCUGACAACAACAUGCUGUCUAUUCCUUUCACCGAGGCACAAUGAAGAGACUACGAAACCAAAGCCAACAACAAAGUUCAUUAUGAGCAAUAUAGAUGAGUCACCGUCACAUAUAUCAAACAAAACAACGCAAGGUGAUUCAUUUAGAAGUGAGCAAAAUCAAGACGACAAUCAUACAUGCUCAGCUGAAAAGCUAGAUUCCAGCAAAGAAUCUUUAAGUCGAUGCGGCGUCUCAAAAGCCAAAAUGGAGAAGCUGAGAGUUGCUAAUAUCAAAACUGCUCUGAUGUUGUCAAUUGUAGCUCUCACAUAUGUGAUUGCAUUUCUGCCAGCAUGGCUGAUGGCUCUGAAAGUCAUUUCAAUGAAUGUCAUAGUGUUCUAUAUGUACUUCACAUACAAUGUUGCUAAUCCAAUCAUUUAUGCAUUCCUUAAUCAAAAUUUCCGUAAUCAUUUAGGAACGCUGUUGAAAUGCAGGCAAGGAACUUAAUCCAUUGAUGAACGCAAUGCUCGUCAGUUCCUAUAUUACAGUAAGGGCUCACAUGAAGAUAUAACUUUUCAACAACAA